AUGCGGCGCCAGCGGCGUUCGUGCAUGCGUUUGGAUGCAGGGUGGAACCGGGGGUACGUAUGCCUUUUUACCCUUUGUGUAUUUUCGUUGUCUUCAAAAUCUUGCCCAAGACCAACCGUUGGCUUGGAUUUCCGUGCCAUUCGGUCCCGUACCGCAAUUGCAGACCGCCACGGAAUGAAUCAUCCCGCCCGGCCUCGUCCGGUAGAUCCAUCGCUUCCAGCCUCCAAGUCUGACGGUCCACCACCUGCCGCCGGUACGUGGCCGUCGUGCCCGUUCGUGCCCGUUGUGACCCGACAGCGUAGGCCAAGUCUUCGUAGCUGCUUGAAGACGUGGAGGUUUCAAUACUUCAAUUGCCUGUCUUCUUUCCCCCCCCCUCCCACGAGGGUCAGUAGCUGGAACGGGGGUGAAAUUAAAGUCAGGCUCUCAUCUCAGUCAACGCUGACUUAUUGA